AGAUGGUGGUGUUUCGCUGAGUGCUAAAGCUAGUUUGAUCAGGCACGUGUGAUUUCUGUGGUGCAUGGAAGCUUGGGGACAUUUAGAACCAUGUCUGCAAUUUACUCAGGGAUUCACCUCAAACUGAAAAAUGCAAAGUUCCCUUGGGAAGAUAAGAUAAAGUUAGCACAUUUUGCAUGGAUUUCUCAGCAGUGCUUUCUUCCAAACAAAGAACAGGUGUUACUUGACUGGGUAAGCCACUCUUUAGUUGGGUACUACAGCAAAAAAAUUGAUCUAAAGGAUGGCGUUGUGCUUAAGCUUUGGAGCUUUCUAGACAAUAUUCUGCACAGCAGGAAACUUCAGAGUCUUCUGAAAGAGGGAAAGUCUCUGAACCUUCGCUUCACUAUUGCACAGGCCAUAAAUGACUUUAUUGGAUCAUCCUGCAAACAAGUCCCACAGGCUGGAAUAAGCACUGUCUUAAGUUGCUGUCAAAGUAUUCUUUCUACCCCAACUCUUGCCUUUGUCUACACAGCAAAAUAUGAGCUCAUGGUAGACUUGCUCAGUAAGCUAUCCACACUCGCUUGUUUAUAUUUGUCAUUACAAGAGCCUGUGACAUUUCAAAUAUUUGAUGUCCUCCAAAUGUCAUUUAACCAGUAUAUUCAAAUCCAAAGACAGCAGAUAAACACAAACAGAGUUUUUGGACAUGUGAUAACACACUUAUGCCAACCUUGCUUACUUCUAAGGCAUGCAUUAAAUAGCCGUUCUUGGUCCAAGGAAGAUGACGUCCGUGUAAGAAACCAGCUGAGCAAGGACCUUAAAACUAAAGUAGAAACUGUUCUUCAAAUUGGUCUUUUCCAGUCUGAACUUCUUUCUUCAUACAAAGAUGAAUUACUUCCUGAAAGAGAUCACAUAGAAAAAAAGAAAGAAUCGUUAAAAAUGGUUUUAACACCUGUGAAUUCAUUAAUUGAGAAACUGGAAGAUUCUAAGUUUUAUGGCAGCACAAUUCAUACCUCGGUAAUAUCCAAUUCUGUUCCUCUUCUAUACAAACUUUUUUUAGACUCCUACUGCAGCGAUGGGAACCAUUUGGUCUGUUUUUACAUGUUGGCUCGACUUUUUGAGUGCCUACAGAAAAAUUGCAUGCAAGAUCAAGAAAACAUAACAUCUUCAAGUUAUAAUAUGGGUCUUUUUGCACUAGAGCAAUUGUUGAACCUGGUGCACAGUCACGAUAUUUACAAUGUUGCUGUGGACCGCAUUAGGCACCAGGAAGUUCAGUACAACUUUUAUCGGAAGUUAGCAGAAAUGCUGCUAUGCAACCCUCAUGCCGCUGUACCUGCUUGGUUUCGGUGCUUGAAAACUUUAACCUUAUUAAAUCAUCAGAUUAUAGAACCGGAUUUGGAUGACUUGGUAUCAGGUGCAUGGAUUGAUGCAGAGAUUUUAGACACUCGGGUCAAGAAAGCACAAGAUAUAUUAAUUGCGUCCCUGUUUCAGACUUAUGCCAAGUUAAGACAGUUUCCAAAACUGUUUGAAGAAGUUUUGACUGUCAUAUGUCGACCAGCCAUUGAUGAACUACGACAACCGGUUCUGUCUCCCAGUUUAACAGAGAGUCUUUCAGUGUGCUUGCAUGAUCUUCCCCCUAACCAGAUUUUAGAGGUCUGGACAAUGAUAUUUGAGAAAUAUUCUCUUAUUCUCCCUGAUAUUAAAGAUGACCAUGAUUUAACGCUGAAACUGUUCUCCCUCAGCUCAUUGUUUCACUGUUUACUAUUUAACAUGAAGAUAAUGGACAAUAGUACACCAGUUCCAGUUAUACUACGUUUCCAAAAUCUAAUGGAAAAAACAAUGGACCAUUCGAUAAAACCUUCGCUUAAACUUAUUAAGGAUCACUGUACCAAAACCAACCUAGCAUCUUGGAUUCAAAAACAUUGUGACGCAACACUUCUGCUAUUCUUUACCUGGGUAGAGGUGAAUACAAUGACAAUACUAAACUGCAGCAAAUACACUUCUCCAUUAAGUAAAUCACCUACUCCGUUGCACUCUGCUGUUGAAGGCUGGGAUUUUUCAUUAUUCUUUGAAGAUAAAGAUUGCUGGAAAAAAGUGUUAAAACUCACAAGUAACUCCAAAUCAUUUAGCAGAUACUGCAUGGGGUUACUGACAAUACAGAAAAUAAAAACUUUAUUAAUGGAGAUCAGAAUUCCAACUGAUACUGAACUGCCUCUCUUACAAGCAGCUUCAUCCUUUGUGCUUCACCCUAAAAGCGAAUUUAUUAUUUCUGCAGACCAUGUGUGUUGGAAUGGAAAUGCAAGCUCUGUUAAUAAUGACAACUUUUCAGUGGCUUAUUGGCAUCUUAUUGCUUCAAACCUGCCAAUUAUCCAUCCCUAUAUUUCUGCCGAAGAUACCAGCUGUAUUGCAGAUUUUCUUCUUGAAACUUUACUAAAAAGUGAAGUUCAAGCAGACCAAGAAGCAACGUUUACAAUUGAAAAAGUAUCUGCUAGCUUGCUCCAAAGUAAUAUUUUUCCAGAGAUGCGUAAUUUGCAAUGUACUUUUAUAACUUGUAUAAUUAAAAAAUGUGCUUGCAUUUUUCAAACCGAGCAAAAAAGUUUUAGUGAGAUACUUGGGCUUCUGUCUCAAAAUAACUUAAUGUGGCAUACUGAUGUUUUUUCUUCCAAAAAAGAAGGGUGGCAACCAGUCGUUAACAUCAAAUGCGGUAAAUCAAAUGAGAGCUCCUCAGAGUGCUUAAGUAAUAUGGAGAAUGCUGCACAAAAAAUACUAUCUUUAUCCAGAUCAGAUACCUAUGGAACUUUUAGUGACGGUGCUAAAACCGAUCUUUUGGGUGUUAUAGAAUUAAUUUUUCAAUUAAAACCAGACAGUCUUUCACCAUCAGACCUUACUCGCUGCUUUCUUUUAUUGCUUUCAUUAACAAGAGCAGAUAAUUCUCCCAAGUCCCCUUUUCUUAUGUCCGCUUGUUGCAAACUCAUGACCUACCUGUUAAGCGGAAAAUAUUCUAAUGCAAUAUUCAAACUGCUGUAUGCAAGUGAUAUACUGCAAAUUCUAAUGAGCUCACUUUUGAAUUGUAACUGGGACCUAAGCAUAGAUAGUGAAAAAAGUCAGGAAUGGCCAGAAUACAUAAAUAUUGUUCAGAGUUUCUUGGAACGUUUUCUUGCAAUGAUCAUUGAUAGGAAACAGAGUGUUCUCCUUAAUUUGGAAAAGUUUUCAAGCUUUGUGAUAAACUCUGUCCCAGUUUCAGAUAGUACAGACUGGACUUCUCAUAAAGGUCAAUUGCUUCUAGUGGCACUCCGUACCUUGUGCCUUGUUAUAACGCCUCUUCUCCAGGAACAGAGUGCAAAUAAACAGCGGACUGAAACGUUGUCUUCUCUGUUGCAAAGUACUGUACUACAAAUGGGGGUAGUUGUUAAUCACUGCCUAAAAAUCAGUGUCACCUCACAUAUUUCUCCCUCAUUCCUGGUCUCAUGUGUGACAACUCUCCUGGAAGCUGAACUGAAUCAGUUGUCUAAAGCAGGUCUCAGUGCUCCCAAGAACAAAGCAGAACUUCAUCAUGUUCAGUUGUACAGAAACUUUUGCUCACAAAUUCUGAGAGAACUUUACUAUGCAGAGGGACGCACUGACUUUCUGCAAUCUGCUUUGCAUUACUUGACAGUAUGCAUUACAGUAAAAGAAAUCCACGAUUUUCAAGAGAGCAUAGUGAUUCAAAUCUUUGGUUCUUUGAAAAAGUUACUUGCAGCUUUGUGGCCCUUCUCUGAACUCCAUACUCAAGGUUUGUGUAUCAAUCCACAGAUUAUUCAAAGUUUUGAAAGUGAAAUAACAGAGCUGUUAACUCAGGUGCUUCAUUUCUGCACCUCUGAUGAAUUCUACAUAAUGAUGAGCUUGGUGCUUGAGGGGAUUGAAGUCUGCAACAUCUGGAAAAAUAAUUUUAAGGAUGCAUUUGCCAGCAUUGUAGCAAUCCGGUUGCUGCUAAAUUCACCGUUAAAUGGAGACAAUGGAAAAAUGUUCUGGUCUACGGCUCCCCAUAUCAUUACAGCCUUAGUUGCAAUGUUAAAAGCUGUUCCAUCAUUUCUCAGUGCUUUUCAUAGACUGGUUACAUCUGUAAUGCAUGAGGGAAGACAAAAAGGAGACAGAGCCUCCACAAAAGAAUUUGACGUUACACUGAACUGUGCACGUCUGGUAGAGCGGAUGUAUACACACAUUGCAGCAAAGACAGAAGAAUUUACUGUAUUUUCUGCUUUCAUAGUUUCCCAUUAUGUGAAUGAACUUCAGAAGGUGACACUGUAUCCUGCUGUGAAGAAACAUUUAGCAGAAGGGAUAUUUCACAUUUUGGACCUCUGCAUUGAUCGAGAUAUCAAAUUUUUAAACAUGUCUUUACAAAUAGGUGUGAGAGAAGUCUUCAAAGAUUUGUACAAUGAAUAUAUCCAGUACCACAAAACCAAAAACCAAGGAGAGGAAAAAUAUACAGCCUGAUAACUUUGCUUACAAUAUAAAUAUGUAUGUUGAAAUAUAUAUUAAAUCAGAUUCAUUAUUUUUAAAA